UUGGCUGCGGCACCACACCACCAGUCUCUCUCUCUCUCUCUCUCUCUUGGACUCUUUGGAUUUGGGGUGAUUGUUUCCUAUUUUCUGUUUGUUCUUGAAACUUCCCCAAGGGUCUUAACUUCAGUUUAAAGGCUAAGUUUCACUGUAACACAAACUCAAAGCCUCUUCAAUUCGCGUAAUAACAUGGAAGGAUUCGAUGAAUGGAAGAAACAGGCAGAUAAAUGGUUAUCUCAAGCAUCGCAACAAUGGCAGAAACAUGCAGAGCCAUUGUGCUCUCAAGCACAAGAGUACAUUCAGCAGGUUCCACCAACUCAGAUCUAUGCUGCUCUUGCCGUCUUGCUAUUAACAUCAGUGUUGUUCAUAUUGGGUAGGUUUUUUAAACGCCAAAAAGCUCAUACUAUAUUGCUGAGUGGGCUUAGUGGGAGUGGGAAGACUGUUCUUUUCUAUCAACUUCGGGAUGGCUCUGCUCACCUAGGUACUGUCACAUCAAUGGAACCAAAUGAGGGAUCUUUUGUGCUCCAUUCUGAAAAAUCAAAGACUGGAAAAGUUAAGCCUGUACAUCUUGUUGAUGUUCCUGGACAUUCUCGCCUCAGGCCCAAACUAGAUGAGUUCCUGCCUCAAGCAGCUGGUGUAAUUUUUGUGGUGGAUGCUUUGGAAUUCUUACCAAACUUGCGUGCUGCUUCAGAGUACCUGUAUGAUAUUUUGACCAAGGCAAGUGUGGUGAAGAAGAAAAUUCCGGUUCUUGUUCUCUGCAACAAGACAGACAAAGUAACAGCACAUAGCAAGGACUUCAUUCGAAAACAAUUGGAGAAGGAAAUUGAUAAAUUACGGGCAUCCAGAAGCGCAAUAUCAACAGCUGAUAUUGCAAAUGACUUUACUCUUGGGGUACUUGGCGAACCAUUUUCAUUCACUCAGUGUCAGAACAAGGUUACAGUUGCAGAAGCUGCGGGUAUUACGAGUGAUAUAAUUGAGGUGGAACAGUUCAUCAGGGACCAUGUGAAGUCUUAGGAUGUUUUAUCCAAUUUCUUCGUCUCGUCAAGUGUUUCUGAUCUCAAUCUUUCAUAGAGAUAGUUGGGCUGAAUAUUGUGGUUUGAUCAUUGAAAAUCCUCCAAUACAUGUGCCUGAAACCAAUUGAACUAGGCAAGGAAAAGUGGCAAAGGAUUUUCGAGGAAACAGAAGAGACGGAUUGUAAUCCAUGUUUGUGUUGUAGUGGGCGACUGAUAUAUGAUAGAUGCUAAGAACAGCUAGUGGUGGGUAUUACUGUAUUACUAGCAUUUUUAACGAAACGUCAUAUUACCUGAGCUGGUUGUGGGUUGUGUUUGCAACUAUCAACCAUUCAAACUACAUUAGUUGAAGAAGUCCCUGCCCUUGCUUACGAAAUAUCCAAUGAGGAAAUUUCACGCAAUCUGUGGACUAAUUCAAAGUGGCUGUGUAGAUCUUUAAGA